AACUUCCGGUCGAGUUCCUUGCCCCCUGGGUUAAACGUGAACGGGCUUCCUUGUCUUGGAUCUAAAGAUCAAAAAGCGGACGCGUUUCGAGGUGCCUUGUUCUACAAAACAUGCAGAAAGCCAAAGUUAGAAAAGUCAGCACAGAUACCCUCAUUUCUAAUUUACCUGAAGAGCGAAAAGAACAGCUCUGUGCCUCACUGGGGAAUGUGGAACUGACUCUUCUCUACAAAGCUUCAGUUCAUGGAUAUAAAGCUUCUGCUUUCCACCAGAGAUGUGACCGUCAGGGUCCCACUUUCCUUGUAGCAUACAAUCAUUCAGGCUACAUCUUUGGUGGAUACACUAGUGUGGAUUAUGCUCAGAGCGGGCGGGAAAUUAAAGAUGAGGAAGCUUUCCUGUUCAGCUUUACAAGUGGAACCUCAAGCUACAUCAAAAUUAACAGUGGAUAUAAUGCACGUUAUGAUGAUGCUGGAGGGCCCAACUUUGGCCAACAGCUGUACUUUUGCUACAACAACCAACCAGUUGUGCAUUAUCAAGGAGGGAAUGCAUUCAGUGUUAAUACCUCAUCAGUGUAUGGCAAUGACACUCGGCUGAGUGAAUGUGAGGUGUAUAAAGUGGAACAGGAGCCUGAAGACAGCGUUGAGGAGAAACCAUGGAGGAAUGUUCAGUGGACACCUGAACGAAGAGCAGAGCUCAUGGAAAUGAUCAGGAACCAUAAACCCCUGAUGAGGUCUGUGAGUCGUGUCCGAAUCCUAAUGAUCGGUCCUGUAGGAGCUGGAAAAUCCAGUUUCUUCAACUCCAUCAACUCCAUCUUCACUGGUCAUGUGACCAACAAAGCCAUGUCAGGAUCUGCAGGCACUAGUCUAACUGUGCAGUUUCGCACGUAUCCAGUGAAUGAUGGCCGUGAGGGAAAACCAUUGCCAUUUGUGUUGUGUGACACCAUGGGACUCGAGGAGCAAUCAGGUGCAGGACUGGACAUUGAGGACAUCAGCAGCAUUCUUCAAGGACACGUACCUGACCGCUAUAAAUUCAACCCUAUGGCGCCGUUUCAACCUGAUGAGCAGAAGUCCUCCAGACCUGCAUCUCUUCAGGAGAAGAUCCACUGUGUGGUGUAUGUGAUAGAUGCCACCAAAAUCUCCCUCAUGUCUGACAAACUACAGGAAAAACUUGCUUCCAUACGCAGAAAAGUGAACUCACUGGGCAUCGCUCAGAUCGUCUUGAUGACAAAAGUAGAUGAAGCAUGUCCUCUAGUGGAGGAAAAUCUUCAAAGUGUUUAUGUCAGUUCCUACAUCAAGUCGAAGGUGCAGGAGGUGAGCUCUGGGUUGGGUGUGCCGGUGUCUUGUGUGUUACCGCUGAAGAACUACAGUCAGGAGCUGGAGCUGGAGCUCAACUGUGACGUCCUGCUGCUCACCGCUCUGCAGCAGAUGCUUCGCUUUGCAGAUGACUAUUUUGAUGAUAUACGUCCUGUCGAGGGCAACCCUAAAUAAUAAUUUUUUUCCCAGUUCUUGCGGCUGAGGCCAGAUUCAGAAAAGGCCAAAUCAAAAGCUCUUUGCAUCAUUUACAUAACAUAAUGAAAGUCUCACAUUGGUCAUUUUCUUUUUAUAAUUUCAUUGAGCAAAAUGUAUUUUUAAAAUAUUUACUAUACAGUUACGUGAGUAUACUUUAAUUUAUGUAAUUUGCCUCUAUAGUCUGAUGUUUAUUAAGGGAUUGUAAAUUCUUCGCUUCUGUCAUGAUUUUUGGGCUUCUGUGGCUUUAUGCUCAGUAAGAGGACUAUUAAAGAUUGAAUAUUUUGUAUACUUUU